AUGGCUGUCAAUCGGAAAGGUGCAUCGAGACUGCAUACUCAUGCAAUGGCGGAAACAGAAACGUUAACCAUGGAUUCCGAUGAUGAAGACUGCAAAUUGGAAGCAGUGAAAUUUCGUGAUGAUGAUGAAGACGAUGGCAACACCAUCACCAAGGGUGGUAAAAGCAAGAAAAAGACUGCUAAAGUCAAGAAGAGCAGCUCUUUUGUUAAAAAUUUAAUGAGAGGCCGCUUUAAAGUAAAGAAACCUGGAGAUGCUGGCCUUAAUACUACAACCGCUCAAGCAAUAAAUUCAGAUGCUCAACCAGUAUUUGGCGUACCGCUAGAAGUUGCUAUAGAACGAAGUAGCAAUACCCAUAACAUUUGUCUGCCUCGAGUUAUUUACGAAUGUAUUCAAUACCUAGAAAGGACAGGUAUUCAUAGUGAAGGUAUCUAUCGUGUAUCUGGUACCAAAUCGAAAAUUAUGGCUUAUAGAGCUCAGUAUGACAGCGUUGGGACUAUCGAUUUUUCCACCGCUGAUCCUGAUAGUGUAGCUGGUUUACUAAAACUAUAUUUAAGAGAAUUACCUUGCAAUCUACUUACAAGUGAAUUAUCUGACAAGUUUGAGGAAGCGUCGGCUAUAUCACUCAAAGACGGCAGUUGGGAGCCUAUUAAAGCUUUAGUACAACAACUUCCCCUUCCUAAUCGAACACUGAUAUGCUGGAUUAUUAAACAUGUAGCCAAUGUUAUCAAAAAUGAAAGUGUCAACAAGAUGACGUUACCAAAUAUGGUGAUCGUUCUUGGUCCAACUUUGCACUUGCCAACCCCUGUAAUUACAGCUUUUUUAAACCACGCCGACGAAAUAUUUAGUGACAUACCAUUUGAAGCAAGCCUACAAAAGUCUGCUGAAGAAACUGUCGAGUCAUUAAAUAAAACCAUCGCCGAGGUAGAAAGUCAGUUGGAUAGCCUUCAUGAUAGUCUACGCAAAUUACCAAAGUCUGGAAAGGAACAUAAGAAGAAAUCAGAAUUAUUAUGGGCUGCUCAAAGAAAGCUUACGGAACUUUCUAGACAGCGUCGUCUAGCAACAAAAGUAGCUAAAUCUUUGGAUCAAGCUAUGCCACUGGAUACUGAUAAAGAAAAAUUAGAAGACGAUUUAGAUUCAGUACCUAUCGCAGAAGAUUCUUGCAAGCUCGAAAACCAGGAAUUGUUACUGUUGCAUGACGAAUUGCAAGAGAUGAUCGAUGCUGAAAAGAAAUUGAUUGAGAAUAUAAAGGAGGAAAUUGCAACCUUAACGGAACAGUUAAAGGAGAAUUCCGAUGCUGCAGUAGAGAAUGGAGAUGAAAUGCUAUCUGAAGCCGAACAACAAGAAUUGCAUGAUCGAUUAUCAAAGGAGAAUCAAGAAUUGGAACUACAUCUUGACGAGCUAUUUACGAAAAUUCAUGAGCAACGUCAGGCUUGCAUAGAUCUGAAGGUUCAAAUUAAACUACUAGAAAAGGAGCAAGAAGGCCAGCUAUCGGUUGAGGAAGCGACAUUUUAA